AUGGGUACAUCUAUUGAAUACGAUUAUUUAGAUACAAAAAAGUUUCCAACGUCUAAAAUUGUAGCAGUGGAAUCAACAUUACAACAAACAAUAAAACAAUUUAAAGAUCUCGUUGUAGAAAUUGAAGAGCUACAUUUAGAAAACAGAAAUUAUAGAAGUUUACUUUCGCAAAAAGAAAAAUGCGAUUUAUAUAAUUGCAAUGUAUGUGAAAAUUUAAGGAAAGAACUCUUUAGUAAAGAAAAUAUAUUAAAAUCAAUUGUUUCAGCAUUACACAAAUUAAAUGAAACACGGGAUUUUAACAUUCUAAAUACAAUUUUUCAUUUAAUUCAGAAUCAACCUCUUGUAUUGUCUCCUAUGAGAGACAAGAUUACUGAAGAAAAACAGGUAGAAAUAAAUAAACUUAGUCCCAAUGAAGAAACAUGUAAUAACAAUAAUGAAUCCGUCUCUGAAAUUGAAAGUACCUUAAUAGGUAGAAAGAGUCCCAUAAUUUUCACCAAGAAGAAAACUUCAACUCAUUCAUUAAGUUUGAAAGAUAAGAAGAAAUGCCCAGAAUCAUGGCCAACCCCAGAAAAAAGGAAUAUAAAGCUAAUAUUUCCAACACCUACAAGGGCCACCAAUAAAGCAUCUAGUUCUAGAUUGAAGCAAGCCAGGCUGAACUUAGUCAAAGUGAAAACGUGUAAUGUUGUAGACCUCACCUGCUCCCCAGAGGUAAUUGGGAGAUGUUACAGUGAAAAUAAUUUGCAGCAAAACAUAAAGCAGGAGAUAAUAGACAAUGAUGAUACAAUACAACCUUCACCGACAAGCGGACCCAUUUUUCAACCUAUAUGUAAAUCCAUAUUAAGAGAGAGUCCAAAUAAAAACAGGAAGCCUUUCGUGUCAAAGAUUAAAAUUGAAGAAAACAUGCCCUUGAAUACUGACAUUGAUGUGAAGCAAAUGGAAGAGUCCAUUAAUAUUUUACAACAAUAUCCACCAAAGCUCAAUACACCGAUAAAACAAGAGAAAUGUAACGAUGAAACCAUGUGUCCGGAUGAGAGCAUAUCGCUUUUGCAACGUGUAAAUAUAGCUGUUAGUAAAAAUAUCAUCAGUCCAAAAAAGCCUUUGACAGAAAACAUAAAUGUAACAAACACGCAGCCCGCCGACGCGGAGGCGAGCAUGUCCAUACUGCAGAGAGACGUUAUACCUGUUGAUAAUAAAAGAUUCAAAUCAGAUAUGGAGCCAUUGUACAAAGAGCCGGCGGCUCGUAAGAAGAUGGAGAAGAGGGCGUUACCAGGCUGGGGUUGUGAUGAUUGUAAACAAUUCUACGACGAUCUAUACAAAGACGAUCCGGAGAUGCUCGCGAAGAAAAUGGAGGAAUGUUCGAAACACCGCGGCCGCUGCAACCCCGUCAGGCCCAAAACCCCUGAUGGCUUCUGGAACCCGAGGUGGGAGGUGCCUCAGGACACGGAGGAGUUCAACCGACGCAAUAAUGUU